CCAUCCGGCUGCCCCUCUCCAUCCAUCUGCUUGAAUUUUGGUCGGUUGCUCCCUUGUUCUCGCAGUGUCGCUCGCCGUAGGAUUUUGCCGAUGCUCGUGGCUGCUUGCUUGCCGACGCCACUGCUCGCCGAGCUGCUCCUGAAUUUGCGAACUAAAUCCGCUGCACCUGCACCGCACUGCGCUGCACACAGGUUGAGCAGAGCAGAUUACCGACGGCCGACAGUCGAGCUGAUGGAGCUUUUUUUUUUUCCCCUUUUCUUGUUCGGUACGCCGCUAGUGUUUUUUUUUCUCCGACUCGCUGGGCCGAUUUUGCUUUCAGGCCGACCAUGACUUCGCGGGCCCGGCCCAUAGCCGCACUUGGCGACCCAGUCCAGUCCCGCCGCCGCUACUGCCUGCCACCCGCACCCGGCGGCUGUUACUACUUUUUCGUCCGUCGCAAGCAAGUCCCUUGUCGCGAAAUAAAAAAAAAAAGAUCCCCUUUGCCAGCGCCGGCAGCACGGAACCAUCAGCGCGGCGGCCACAGCCCUUCCCCGCCGGCGGCGUGCCCCCCUCCUACGCCCACCCCACCCCCACCCCAAUCCGGGUGGGCUGGCGUGGCCUGAAGGCCCGUCGGCCGUGGUUCCUCUACAUCGGUGAGGAAGCCCUAGCUUGCCGCCGCUUGAAUUGUUUGUUGGCUGUGCCCUGGUGUUUUUCUUCUGCUUCGAUACAGUCUAAUUCUUCCAGAUCUGUCUCGGCCUGACCCCCGCGCAGCGGCUUCUCCCGCCCCUGUUUUCCGGUGGUUGGGUUUUCAGCCCAAAAACCAUGUUUUCGGGGGCGGAAGGUCAAUCGAAUCCUCGUGCCUGCGCGCUGAGUUUUUAGAUUGGCUGUCAGACGUUGUUUAGUCCGUGCGUGCGGAGAUGUGUAUUUUAGGGUUUUGCUGGCAAGUCCUUAGCUCCGUGGAAUGGUACCCACGUUUGUUUUCCUGCUGCCAUGCGGUGCAAUCUAUAGUACACGAGAGGAACAUCACAUCCAUUUCUCUGAAAUGUUGAAUGCCCAUGUGCCGAGUCGUCUCAGCGUGUUACUUCUGUUAAUUCUGAUUCUGAGAUGCAUGUUACACUUGCUGGUUGGUUGUAAUAAGGUAUAGUGUCUUUGUCGUGGAGUUUUCUAUUUCAUUUCAUUGGAUAAUUGGUGCUGUUAGCCCCCUGUUUCCUCAUGUCCAACCGAAUCUGGGCCGUGUGCACUGUCAGGCGUUGAAUGAUGGUUGGAGCGCAUAGAUGGGCGGUGGCAAACUUUCCUCGCCCGUGUGUGUAUCUCUCCUCGCGAAGAGGAUCAUUCUCUACCGCUGUGUGGUCAAAAUGAAGGGAGACCUGUAAAUUGUGUACAAUAUUAGGGUUAUUCGUAUUUCUCCAUCUGUUCGUGUACGAACCAAGCUAGACAAUGGCGUCGCCACAAGAAUCCAAACCCUUGUGCUUGAAGCGCAAGCUUGCCGAUGACUGCCUGUCAAAAGAGUGCAAGUCUCGUCGAGUUGUAGUUGACAAUGGACCCUCUGAUCCAUCAUCUGGUAAAUGGUGCAAGUGCUGUUGCCUGCGACCUAAUCUUGCGAGUGAUUGCGUCAAUUACCUGAAAAGUGGAGUUCCCAGCCGUAUCGUGUUCUACAAACAAGAUUCUUGGCACGAUUUUCCUGAGCUAAUAAUGAAGCCACUGAUUGAAGGAUUUAAAGGUGGCAAAUCUAGUGUUGUGGAUGUGAUGGAUGAUGAGGCUGUUCUUGUUGAUUUCUUAUCAAUGAGUCUUGUCAACCUAAAAACAAGAAAACAGCGGUCUGUUGCAUGGUACGAUGAUACUGGAAAGGGCUUUUUUCCUUCUCUGUCCUUUGACGAGGAAGGUGAUGAAAUGGCCAAUUUGGACUCUAGUAAUGUUGAGGAUGGUGCACAGGGAAUAAUGCUGGAUAAGGCUGUAAGUUCUCCAGAGGAAGUGGUGAAGCAAGUUGUUCUUGAAUCUGGCCCUCCAGGGCCACAUAAGCCUUCCACUGCAGACAUAUUACGUAAAAAGAUCACAUCUGUGGAAAGAGGAAGCGAAGACUUUUUGCUUGUUCAGGACCUUUUUCUCUCUGGUAUGGGUCCGUUUGCAACACCUAAUAACAUACUUCAUAUCCACCGCUACUCCCCGAAUGAUAUCACUGCUCAGUGUCGACUUCAAGCUUUUGAAAAACAAAUGAGCUGCACCAAAGAAGAUCGUGGUGAUUCAAAUGUAAGAUAUGGAUGGCUGGGUUCUACGAAGAGUGACAUAGUUAGGAUUCUAAUUAAUGGGUUUGGUAACACCGGAAAACCUGCUGAGAAGGCAUCCUUGAGCGCUGGUGUUUAUCUUUCUCCAGAAGAUCGAGCCUUUACCAGUGUCGGUCUUUGUGACGUUGAUGAAAAAGCGGUGCAGUAUAUGUUGUUGUGCCGAGUGAUAUUGGGCAACAUGGAAGCUAUCACUCCUGGAUCACAAGAUUCUUUUCCAAGCAGCGAGAUAUAUGAUUCUGGAGUUGACGAUUGCUCCAACCCAAAGUGUUAUGUUAUGUGGCCAUCCCAUCUUAACACUCACAUCCGUUUAGAAUAUCUUGUUAGUUUCAGACUUUCAUCAAAAGUUCGAAAUUAUUUACUUGGCUUGAAGGGUUUAUGGUUUCACCCAUCACCAAAGGAAGUUGCUAUGGAUAUUUCUACUCUUCAACCUAUAAUGGGUGAAACUGGUGAAGCACCAACAUCCCCAUGGAUAUCCUUCAGAGUUCUGUUUGCAAUGAUCCAAGACAAUAUAUCAUCUGUAGCAAAGGAACUGCUCUUCCAUCAUUAUGAAGAGCUGAAGGAAAACGAAAUAAGUCGUGAAGAAAUGGUGAAGAAGAUGAUAAUUAUAGUCGGAGAAAAGCUACUUUUGGAAACUUUAAAGAAACUCCAUUACUGUCCAUCACUAUGGUAUAGAUCUUCUGUCGAAGUGAUGUCCAGUGAUCCUGCAAGGGUAGCAGCAGAAGAUCCUGCAAGGACAAUAGAAGAACACAUAUCCUUGGAUAAAACAACUGGGCAUUGUGCACUAACUCUUGGUAACCUUGGUAAUUCCUGUGGACCAAAUACAUUGGCUGAAAGUUCCACAGCUCUUAGCACCAAAGAAUGUGAUACUCUUGCAGUAGGUAUGGUUACCAAAAGCCAUGAUUCUGUGGUACCAAGUGGCGUGCCUGAAACAUCUACUUCUUCUGGUGCCAUAUGCCUAGCUUCCCCAAGUGUGGAACCCCAAAGUAGGGAUUCUCCUAUACGAAUCAUGUCACCUGAAAGCUCUGCAAAUCAUGGUGCCAAAAAUCAGGAUCCUUUUGCAGCUAGAAUGGCACCUACACAUCGUAACGUCCUUCUGAGGACAUCUUCUGGAAAAUCUGCAUCUAUUGGCGUGGAAGGUAGCAAUGGUGUUGCGCCAAGUAUGAGACCUCAUGGUGAUGCUUCUCUAGCACCAACUAAUGCCUCAAAAGGCCAUGGGAUUGGUGCUCCAGGUCUCAGUCUGAAGGGCUCUGAGUGUCCUGGGCCAGUUUUGGCACUGGGAAGCACCAAAUUCAUAGGGAUGAAAAGUCCCAGUUCUGUGCCAAGAAUGACACCUGUAGGCCCGGAAUUUCUUUCACUGAGUAUUGCGCCACAGAGCCAAGUAAUUUAUCCAACUAAGAGCCUUGGUGGUGAUUUGACUUCUUGUGCUGGACCUCCAGCUCAUGUGCCAGGACAUGUGAACUCUUCAGCUUUGAGCGUUGAAGGCUGCGAUUCUCUAGCAUUGAGUAUCGCGCCAAACAGCCAUGAUCUUCCAGCAUCAAGCAAUAACGAGCCAGCAUUCCAUGGGGCUCCAACAACACAUACAUCAUCUGUAGGCGAGCACUCUGAGGCGCCGAGUGCAGCCACCAUGGGUUAUACUGCUCCUGCACCGACAACCGGGGAGGCUGUAGAAUUUGGACCCUGCAAUAAGCCAUCGGCGCCCGUCCCUGAGCCUGGCAGCAACGUCGCUCAGGCGGCUGACAUCCUCGUCGCCCUAUCAACUCCACGAGAGAAGGGCAAGUAGCAGAGGAAACAGCCGAGUUGCACAGCCGAUGACCCCUUUGGUCCCUGUUUUGGAUCUCUGUUGCUGUACAUGUAAAUGUUUACCCGUUUCAUGUGCUGGAUGGUGGCUUGGCUUGCCGUUGUACAGGCGGGAGGAACUUGUGCUGUUAGGUCAGGUGUAAACAAACAAACCAGUGGGAUCUGCUGUUAGUUUCGGUUAAUCUGUAGGGAUACAUACCGGUCACCCUGUCAGACUCUGAACAUAAGUAACUUUUGAUCUGUUGAACUUGGCAACUAUUA